CAGGCGCUCAGUCAGUCAGAGGCAGGCGGACUGUGUGCCACCACUUCAGCACUCCUCCUCCACGUUAAACCCCGGGGUCUGACCAAAAAAACAAACAAACAGCAAACAUGGAGCACAUCUAUGACACAAUAGAUGAGGGAACUGUGCUUGAGGAGCGCAGGGAUGGAGCUGACAGCCCCGAUCGAGAGCCUAAUUAUGAAAAAUCAGGUGAGGCGAAGGAGCAGCUGUACAGCCAGGUGCAGGUCCACGCCUCUGCGGAGGCAGCGCGCGGUUUGUCAGACUACAUGGACACGAGAGACGGGGACAAACAAAGUUGCUCAUCCUCGUCAUCCAGUGAUGAGGAGGAGGUUAAAGCAGAUGCAGUGACAGAGGAAAAAGCAGAGGUGAAGGUGGAGGAGGUGAACGGCAAAGCGCACGACGGAUCCAGGCGCUCAUCGGCCUCCUCAGUAUCCUCCGCUUCCCACGGAGAUCUGUGCGACGAGCCGCCGAUCCAGCCGAGGACCCUGGAAGAGGAUAACGCGGAGGAUGGGAUGCUGAUGGCGUACACGCACCACAACAUUGACAACAACCCGGGAGAGUCUGUCGACUACAGCCUGAAAACUCUCGAGAAUGUCACUCUGGAUGAGAGCAGUGCUGCACCACCUGAUCCAAGCCAGCCUGACAUCUCUCUGUUCGUCAAGGCAGGCAACGACGGAGAAAGCAUCGGCAACUGUCCCUUCUCUCAGCGUCUCUUCAUGAUCCUCUGGCUUAAAGGUGUUGUGUUCAACGUCACCACAGUCGACCUCAAAAGAAAGCCAGCAGAUCUGCACAACCUGGCUCCGGGGACACACCCUCCUUUCCUGACCUUCAAUGGAGAAGUCAAGACCGAUAUCAACAAGAUCGAGGAGUUUCUGGAGGAAACUCUUUGUCCUCCGAAGUAUCCCAAACUGGGCGCCAAGCAGAGAGAGUCGAACACAGCUGGAAAUGACAUCUUCGCCAAGUUCUCAGCCUACAUCAAGAACACUAAACUAGAGGCCAAUGCCGGUCUAGAGAAAGGUUUGACCAAGGCCCUGAAGAAGCUGGAUGACUACCUGAACAGCCCCUUGCCAGAUGAGAUCGAUGCAGACAGCAUGGAAGAGGAGAAGGGCUCCAACCGAUGCUUCCUUGAUGGAAACGAGCUCACUCUUGCAGACUGCAACCUGCUGCCUAAACUGCACAUAGUCAAGGUUGUUGCUAAGAAGUACCGCAACUACGACAUCCCCUCAGACAUGACAGGCGUGUGGCGGUAUCUGAAGAAUGCCUACACACGUGAUGAAUUCACCAACACCUGUGCUGCUGACUCUGAAAUUGAGAUCGCCUACAAAGACGUGGCGAGGAGACUGGCCAAGUAACUCACCAACCAGAUCAAAUAAAAUAAAAUAGCAACACAACACAACUCCCUCCCACCACCACCACCAAUUUUAAACAUAAAAGUGACUCCUCACUGUGUCAUUUCGAGUCUUCUUUGUGACAUUUUCAGAAACCUGAAAUUCAUAGUAAACAGGUCAGGGUGGCUUCAUUCUACUGCUUUACAGCUCCAGAUGUGAUGGAUGAGAUUCAGCACAACGCCUAGGCUAUAUGGUUUUGCAAUUACACAGACAGACACAGCAACAGAGAAGUGGAGCAGAACAUAAAUUAAGCACAUUUAACGUAAUUCACAGGUUUCAAACCAGAUUCAAAUUUUGCUGCUGUGAAGUUUCUGACAUAACACUUUCACUCAAACACGAUUGUGUCUGUCUGUAUUUAUUUCUCAUAACACAAAGCUCUCUUUCAUACAUACUCCACCGGUCCAUACGGCCAAACAUUUUAGUAGCUGCUGAUGUCAGGGCCGUCCGCUUUAUUUAUUCCUAAACCCACAGAAGUCUAGACUGGCUCCAGUGUUUAUUAUCAAGCUUUGGCUCCUGGGGAGACACCUUGAUUCAUCUGUGAUUGACAAUUGAUGCUAAUUGUGCUGAAUAUGACUGUUGCGAUCUGCGGAUUCAUUUUGAUUUGUCAUUCAUUACUGUAUGCGUUGCUGUAGUUUCUUGAGCUUUUGCCUAUCUUCUGAAAGAUUGAUUUUAAGAAAGACUGAUUUUAAUAAUAAUGCUUGAUGGUGUUGGUUUGACAGAACAAAAUAUUAUCUGCAGAGGGCAUUGAACAGUGCUUGUUUCUGAACUGGUUGCAUGCAUGAAUCUGUUUUUAAUUGUGAUAUUUAAAACGUCAUACAGAGCCGCUUUUUUAGAAAUGAAAGAUUGUCAACUAUGUGCCUUUAUUUGGAAGUAAAAAAAUCCAUGCCAAUGUCACUGAUGGACUCCUUCUGAAAAAUGUAUUGCAGCCAGCACCGAGACAUUUGUUCUCCCUGUAGCUGUUAGUGUUCAGUCAAGGUAUUGAUUUUAUCUUAGGUUACACAUGAUAUUAUGAAUGGAGAGAGUAUUUAUUUAGCAGCCCCAAUCAGGCCUGAUUAGGUUGAGCCAUUAGUGCCGCGAUGAAAAGCGUCUUCCAGGCCAGGUCCACAAUGGUCAAGAGGCCCUGCCCUCCAGCCCUUCGUCAAAGGGACAUUUCCUCCACUCUGAGGAGUCUAUCAACAUCCGCAGCCUAAAGUUCAAGUCCAAAAGUUUCAGUGUCCACGCAGAGGAGGAUGGAAAUUUAUCUUGGGGCUUAUCGUCUUUGGCUUGGUGUCAGGCUGCAACUAUAGCGAGACUUCCUUGAAGAACCAUAAGGCUCUUGUGUGGUUUGGACAAACAUAUGAUAUGAAAUUGGAGCAUGAUGACUGAGAGCCUUGCUCAUUGCGAAGCUCUACAAAUAAAAUAAUAUUUUCACAGA